AUGCGGAUGCGGGCGCGACGACUCGUGCCACUGGUGUGCAGCGUCGUCUGCCUGGUCUGGGCUGUUGUGGCUGCCAGUGAUGGUGGUGAUAAUGAGCCGACGAUUACCGUGGGUGAGGAUGGUACGCUGUUUGUGAAUUCGAGCAAGCGUGUGGUGAUCAAUGGGGUGGAUGUGUUGGCCGUGAUGGCGUCGAUCGCCGUGGAUUUGAACCCGCGGGGCGUGAUGCAGCCGCUGGAGAGUCACAACAUCUCCACGGACGCGCAGGGUACACAGUCGGUGUAUGUGGCAGAUCUGGACAACAAUGGCUUUAUCGAUGUCCUCAGCGCCAGCAAUCACGACGACAAGAUUGCAUGGUAUCGCAAUAACGGCAACGGCUCCUUUUCCGAAGAAAUCAUCAUCACAACAGAGGCUCACGUUGCCACCUCGGUGUACGCAGCAGAUCUCAACAAUGACGGCGACCUUGACGUUCUCAGCGCCAGUUCUGAAGACAACACGAUUGCUUGGUAUCGCAACAACGGCGACGCCACCUUUUCUACGGAGAUGGUGAUCACCACAGAAGCCCACAAGGCCGCCUCGGUGUAUGCGGCGGACCUGGACAAGGACGACGACCUCGACGUCCUGAGCGCCAGCUCCGAGGACAACACGAUUGCAUGGUAUCGCAACAAUGGGGAUGAGACUUUUUCCCCAAAGAUCAACAUUACCACGGACGCCAACGGUGCCUUCUCGGUGUAUGCGGCCGAUUUGGAUAACGAUGGCCAUGUUGAUGUUCUGAGCGCCAGCGUGGACGACAACAAGAUUGCUUGGUAUCGCAACCAUGGGAACGGCACCUUCUCUGCACAACGCGUCAUCACUACAGAUGCCAACUAUGCACGCUCUGUGUCUGCGGCGGAUCUGGACAACGAUGGCAAUCUCGACGUUCUCAGCGCCAGCUGGAACGACGACAAAAUUGCCUGGUACCGCAACAACGGCAAUGGCACCUUUUCCACCCAGAUUGUCAUCACCACCGACGCCGACAACGCAAUCUCGGUGCAUGCGGCGGAUCUGGACAAGGAUGGCUACGCCGACGUUCUCAGCGCCAGUGUCCACGACGACAAGAUUGCGUGGUAUCGCAACAACCGUGACGGCACUUUCUCCUCGCAGAUCGUCAUCACCAGAGACGUCGAUGGUGCCCACUCGGUGAUUGCAGCGGAUCUGGACAACGAUGGUCACAUUGACGUUCUCAGCGCCAGCAAACUCGACAACAAGAUUGCUUGGUACCGCAAUCAAGCAGGGCAAAUCCUGUUGAAUAUGUAG